GGCACAGCCAGAGGAAGCUCCGCCCACAUUCCUGCAGCAGGUAGAACAAGUGAAGCCGCUCUAUAAAACCGUCUCAGAGGAACUGGCGGUCCUGCUCUGGUGAAACGUCCUCUGUAAAGUUCUGAUAGUUCUGGUUCUGAAGGUUCUGAGCUAGCAGGUUCUGACUUCCCAGUUCGGAUUAGAACCUGGGCUCUGUGGAUCUCUGGAUCCCAUUUUGUCUGGUUUUGGUUCUGGAAACAUCUCUGGACUCCUUCAGAAGUCCAGCAUGUUAGACCGGACCAGACCAGAACCCUGAGAGUUCUGCAAAGGGUGUCCUCACAGAGACAGAAAACCAGCCGCAGCAGUUUAUUAGAGCAGAAAAGAAUAGAGCAGACACACCCGGUCCACAGGUGAGCCACAGGUAGCAGUGCAGGUCCCGGGACAGACAGGUGAACCAGUGAACAGGUGAACUGCAGGUGUCUGGGAGCCUCUGAGGAGACGACAGCAAGAUGGCUCUGCCCCCUUCUCCUCCAGUUCCAAAACCUCGGCUCCACUCCUCCAAGAGCGUCCCCUCAGUCCUAAACAGAAACCCGGCUCAUGAGCUGCAGCUGAGCUUCCCAAGAGGACGGCACCAGAGCACAGAUGAAGAUGCUCUCCCUCUCUCCUCACCUCGAAAGUCAACGCGAGACAACUUCCCGACUCUAGACGGAAUCACGGACCUCAUCGCCGCCAACAUCCCGUCUCUGGCUGGAGUCGCUACCAGCUUCAGCGCCUCCGCCCCCUCUGCGCCUCCCCCCAUAGACAGCCUAACUGACAGUAUCUCCACAACCAUUCCUGGGUUAGCUGAGGCUGCUAACGCUGUGGCUGCUAAUGCUGAGGCUAAGCUAAGGCCUGCCCCCUCCACACCUGCUGCCAACAGCUCAGACUCUCCGAGCCUAGAAAGCAUCAUCAGCUCACUGAGUAACAUCACCAGCUUGGAGGAGUUUGUUAACAACAUUCCUAACCCAUCAGCCCCGCCCCUUUCACUUGAGCCACACCCACCACUGAACAUGAACGGAGGGAGUCACACAGAUGUCGGGGCUCUGUCGCAGCUGGUCAAGGCAUCUUUGGACCCAACCGCAGGAGUCAAGUUUCCAUCUAUGGAGGCCGCUGGAGUUACUGCUGAGGAAGUUCAGUCUCCAUCCCCUCUGUCCAUCAAAGAAGAAGAUCCAUAUGUCACAGUGUUGGGUACUUGGACCAAUCAGGAAGAAGCUGAAUCAGAGUCGUCCAACGAGGAGGAUGAUAAAGGCAGUAGCCCCGUCGCCUCUGGUUCUGAGGCAUCAGUGGAUAAGGAUCCUGGUUCUGACCCGGUUACCACCAGAGUUUCACCCAACCAAUCAGAUCGCUUGAAACCGACUCGACCGGCUCCGCCCCCUCCAAGCAGGAAGUCCAAACCAGUGAAGCAGAAGAUUCCCAGGGCAGCCACCAUCAGGGUCUCCAGGAAGAAGGGCGGCGGCGGCGGAGGCUCAGCUCCUCAGAGCGCUGUGGUCCGGGCCAGCUGGCUGGACGUCUGGAAGGGCUUCAGAUACAGUGUUCUGUGGGUGACAUUGGAUGGCCAGCUGAUGUCCCUGCGUAAGAAACGAACAGACCGGUUCAGUGAGUUGCUGUUCCAUGUCUCCAGUAUCACCAACGUGAAGCCUCAGGACAAAAGACGCUUCUCCGUCUACUUCAGGAAGAAACACUACGACUUCAUGGCUCACAGUAACGAGGUUCAGGAAGGGUGGGUCACAUCUCUGUUGGCGACUCGUGGCCUGCAAAGCCCAACCCCCUCUGAGCUACAUGGACAGGUCACCUUGAAAGACUCCCGGAGCCGUGCCUAUGCUGCCGUCUGGGGUCACGACCUUUGGAUUUACCCCAACAAAGACAGCUUCCAGUUGGGCAUCGCCUCCUUCUCCGUGCCCCUGAACGUAGCCACGGUGAAAGCGACAGGAAAGCACUCGUUUGCCCUCGUCACCCCAUACAAGACCUUCAAUCUGUCCGUUGACUCGUCAAAGGACCUGUCGCUCUGGCUGGAUAGCCUGACCUCCACCAUCCAGAGUGCUGAGUCCUGCAGCCAGGUGGCACUACGUCUGUGGGAGAACCCCUACAACAAAGUGUGUGGUGACUGCGGAGCUGCCAAUCCUGAGUGGGCAUCGGUUAACCUGCUGUUGGUCAUCUGCCAUAACUGUGCAGCUCAGCACAGAGUUUUGGGAAACAGCCUGUCCAGGGUCCGCAGCCUGAGGAUGGACAACAAGACCUGGACUGAACCACUGAUACAGCUCUUUGUCACCUACGGCAACCGGCUGGCCAAUCAGGUGUGGGCUCCAGCUGUGCCGGCAGCAGACCAGCUGCAUCCGGAGGCGACGGAGCAGGAGAGGGCGGCGUUUAUCCAGAACAAAUACAGCAGGGGGCGCUACAGGCGAGUCCACGCUCUGACCUCCAGCCGCUCCAUGAUGAACCAGAGGCUGUGCCAGGUGGUUGUCAGUGACGAUGUGGAGGAAACAAUGUCUCUGAUCUGCUCUGGAGCCAAGGUGUCUUCGUCUGACCCUCAGAGCCCCUCCCCCAUCCUGCUGGCUGAGAAAGCCAGCCAGGCUCUGCAGAUUGAGUUGCUGCGUCUCAACGAGUACACAGAAGUCCGACCUCACCAGCUUCAACCAGCCAACAGGAAGCAGGCCUCCGUCCCCUCAGGUGAGGAAGAAGAGGAGGAGGAAGAACUCCAUGGGAAACUGGAGGCAGAUCGCUUCUUCUUCUCGUUGGAAAAUGAUUCUGCAGCCUGUGACGUCCUGGACCUGAGAGAAGUUCUGUCCGUUUUCCUCAAAGACGGGUCGGCGCUCCAGUUUGAGAUGGUGACGUUAAACGAUCACAUCAUCUGUGACGCCGACAACAGCGACUCGCUGCAGAAUCACCUGGUGCACAUCCUUAAGGUCAUUCUACCAGGGGGGGUGUCCUACGCCGAGGUGGGCGGGGCCUCAGCCGUCAGCAAGGUGCGCAUGGUGGACGUGGGCGGGGCUUCCACUCAGUCUGAUGCCUGGCUGGUGCUGUGGGACGAAGGAGUCAGCCUCCACCCGGUGGAGAGAGCCGGGCAGCGCAGCCUGACCUUCCCACUGAGCAUGCUCAGUCCCACAGAUAUGGUUUUGUAUGAAGACACCGUUACCUUGGUAACAGCAGAAAGGACCGUGUCGUUACGCUUUGAGGAGCAGCGCAGCACUGAGACCAUGUUCCAGCACCUGAAGAGAGCUCUGGCCAAUCAGCAUCCAGCUUCUGAGGGUCCACCUGCAGCCAAUCAGAACCCAGCUAGGCCGAGUCAGAUGUCGAUGACUGACGGCGCCGUGAAAGGUUCUGUUUCCCCGGCCAUCCACCGCUGCGUCUCACACAUCACCACCUACGGGCUGAAGGUGGAGGGCCUGUACCGGCGCUGCGGCCUGGCGCUGAAGGUCAAAGAGCUGGUGAAGGCCCUGAUGACGUCACCAAACUCCGCCCCCCUGGAGGCUCACGAGCAGGGCGUCCUGGACGUUGGCUCCUCACUCAAGCAGAUCAUCCGGGACCAGCAGAGCCUGGUGCCGCAGGCGGAGCUGCAGCAGUGGCAGAAGGCUGCAGUGAUUCCAAAGGAGCGCAGCAGAUUCAAAGAGUACCGACGGUUGCUACGGCAACUACCCCCUGACAGCAGAGCCACCCUGAACAUGAUGUUUGGACACCUUUACAUGGUCCAGGUGUUCUCUCAGGACAACAAGAUGUCGGCCCACAACCUGGCCGUGGUACUGGCGCCCUCCAUGUUCCAAGUCAUGAGCCAGGACAUGAUCGCACUCACCAGAGAGUUCAUCAUCCACCACAACCUGCUGUUCCUGACUCCAGACCGGAAGGAUGAAGACAAAGCAGAAGAGGAUGAUGAAGAGGAGCAGAUCACCCUCCUGUGAUGAAGUUUCUCUGAUUUUAAUGCCUGAAUAUUUCCUGAUCAUCAGAAUCUUUUUUAAAUCAUGACCUGUUUCUGUCCUUUGGGUGUUGGUUCUGAUCCAAUCUCAUGUAAUCCCACUGAAUCAAACAAUAAAAGCCUUGUGUCUAC